AUGCUUAAUCCAGAAAUGGGUAAAUUGUGUGUCACCAAAAAGUUUAUCUCAAUGUGCAAGGCCUCUCCUGAUAAGUCCGAGGCCGUUGUGUCAAUUGAGGUGCUUGCUUGGCUAAUUGAAUCCAGCGAUGUUUCAGCCGUUCAAGGUCUGAAUGAUUUGAUGGUUGAAGCUAUAGAAGAUAUGUGUAAAACGGAAAAAAGCAACAUUUCAGUUCAGUCUGCGUGCGAACUUUUUCAACGGUUUAUCACCUUGGCAGCUUUAGACACAGGUGAUUUUGAGGAAUGCAAGCGAGUCCUUUUGGAGCGUUCUUCUAUAUUUAUUAACAAGGCACGUACAUAG